UGUAGCAAAAUGGCGACUGUCAUUCACAACCCCCUGAAAGCGCUUGGGGACCAGUUCUACAAGGAAGCCAUCGAGCACUGCCGGAGCUACAACUCACGACUGUGUGCCGAGCGGAGCGUGCGCCUCCCCUUCCUGGACUCGCAGACUGGGGUGGCCCAGAACAAUUGCUACAUCUGGAUGGAGAAGAGGCACCGAGGCCCAGGCCUGGCUCCGGGCCAGCUGUACACGUACCCUGCCCGCUGCUGGCGCAAGAAGCGACGAUUGCACCCUCCAGAAGACCCAAAGCUGCGACUCUUGGAAAUAAAGCCUGAAGUAGAGCUGCCCCUGAAGAAAGAUGGCUUCACCUCUGAGAGUACCACACUGGAGGCCUUGCUUCGUGGCGAGGGAGUGGAGAAGAAGGUGGAUGCCAGAGAAGAGGAGAGCAUCCAGGAAAUACAGAGGGUUUUGGAAAAUGACGAAAAUGUAGAAGAAGGGAAUGAAGAGGAGGAUUUGGAAGAGGACAUUCCCAAGCGGAAGAACAGGACCAGAGGACGGGCUCGUGGCUCUGCAGGUGGCAGGAGGAGGCAUGAUGCUGCUUCUCAGGAAGACCAUGACAAACCCUACGUGUGUGACAUCUGUGGCAAGCGCUACAAGAACCGGCCGGGACUCAGCUACCACUAUGCUCACACUCACCUGGCCAGCGAGGAGGGCGAUGAAGCCCAAGACCAGGACACGCGGUCCCCACCCAACCACAGAAACGAGAACCACAGACCCCAGAAAGGACCAGAUGGGACAGUCAUUCCCAAUAACUACUGUGACUUCUGCUUGGGGGGCUCAAACAUGAACAAGAAGAGUGGGCGGCCGGAGGAGCUUGUGUCCUGUGCAGACUGUGGACGCUCUGGUCACCCAACUUGCCUGCAGUUCACUCUGAAUAUGACUGAGGCGGUCAAGACCUACAAGUGGCAGUGCAUAGAAUGCAAAUCCUGCAUCCUGUGCGGGACUUCGGAGAACGAUGACCAGCUACUCUUCUGCGACGACUGUGACCGUGGCUAUCACAUGUACUGUUUAAAUCCCCCCGUGGCUGAGCCCCCAGAAGGAAGCUGGAGCUGCCAUUUAUGCUGGGAGCUGCUCAAAGAGAAAGCCUCAGCCUUUGGCUGCCAGGCCUAGGGCCUCAGGUCACAGAAUGUGACGUGCCGCCAGAGAGGCUGACCUGGAGCCCUGUUCUAUCUAGAUGGAGCUCUCCUCCUGCACAUCCGCACAGACCAACUGUAAGGAAAACAAGUAGUUACAGAAGGACAUGGAGGCGGAACCAAGAGGGCAAGGUCUCAACUCGCCUACCGCCCUGCCUACGACCGCCCUCCAGCCCCACGUGUGGUAUCCAGCCAGUCCUUCCUCAUUUCUACCAGAGGGAGCUUGCACUUCUGAAGAACAGUUCAGCCCCAGCCCUGUGGAACCUUCCUCAUGUUCACCUCACAGUGUAUCCCUCUCAUGGCUUCCCAUUUUAGAGGAAGCCAUUUUGUGACUGCUCACAAGCACUUGUGUUUUGAUGGUGUUCUUUCUUGUUUAAGUCUCUUGUGUUUAAAGAUCCCCUCACCUUCAGCUUAGGCUUGUCAUCCUAAACUCUCACAGAGGAACAAAACGCUGCGGAAAUUUGUUACUUAUUACACGCUUCCCCGGAAAUGUCUGCAUUUGGAGGCCAUCUUGAAGACGGAACUUGGAAACCUCUUGGUAAAGAAGUAGUUUUUCAAACCUCAGCAGUGGCCUCCACAGCUGGGAUGGUCUUGAUCCACUGCACCACCUCUUGAUGAGGGGUCGAGAGGGCCCAAGAGAUGGGAGGAAAAAUCGGGACCCAAGCAUAACCAGUUCGUAUUUGCUGUUCACAAGAGAAGUUUUGCAGCAGACCCAGGGGUUCCUUGACCUUCACAACUGUGGUGUCCUUGAGAUGAGACAAACCACAGCCUACAAAUACAGGAAAGUGCUGAAGAUUCCCAGUGCCUCCCUACUGAGUUGAGUGUCAAGGCCUGGUUCAGUUUCCGCUGGUGGGAGUCGAGCAUCAGCGAAGCGGGCAAAGGCUGCCUGUUCAAUGGUCCAGUGUUGGAUAAGAGAGAGUGUAGCUUUGAGAAACCCUUCAGUGUUAAUGCUACACUGUGAAUUCCUUUCCCGGGCAAUUUCCUCCUUCCAUGUAGUAUAUGUUUGCCAGUGACUACUGAGAUGUGACUGAGAAUCUUAGAAUGGCGGAGAGAUGAUCAUUGCUUAACUAGAUCAUUGACCAUGGUGAUGGCUUGUGACCUGGUGGCGGUGAUUCAGAACCCUCGUCUGCUCUUGUCAUUGAAGCUCCCCCGUGUGAGCCGGACUCCUGUUUGAAAUAAGAAAGUUUCUAGAGAAAGAGGUGGCGAGGCCUCGAUUCCAAGAACUCUGUGUGCCAGGUGACAGCCUUGUGGGCUGCAGUGGGUGGGCUGUCUUCGGAUCACAGCAACAGCUUGGUACCUGGCACAUUUCUGGAAAAAUCAUUUGCCCAAAGGGCAGGUCUCAGUGAGCAGGACCCUCGCGCAUGCUCGGCUUCCCUGAAAUCAGUUCCAUCGCUGUGGUCCAGCAGCUUUGUAACAAAGGCCUGGGUUAUUUUUAGUCUUCGGCUCCUGAAGAAGCCCCUGGAGACCUGGGCUAGUUGGGCCACUCUGCCCAGAUGCGGCAUUGCCUCUGCCACUCCACAGGACUCGUCCUCCCCCUGGCUAAUUGCUCUUGGCACAUGGACCCGGGGCAGCCUGGCAUGGAUCCAAGCAGUGUGCUCCCCUGCCCCCGACUCCUUUGCAGAGUGACCUGUGGCAAGAGAGUGGGGGUCUCCUGCAGGCCCUGUGGUCUCCGAGCUGGUUACAUGCAUACAUAAUGAUCUCACUUAAAGGGCCCUUGUGCAGACUGCAUUUCUGCCUUCCUCACAGGCUCUCUUUUUCCUCCUGCUGGUUGCUGAGCCUGCGUGGAUUCUAAAGGCCCAGGGAAGGGUUGGAGGGGGGGGGGGUCAUCUCCACAGAGUAGCACAUCCCCUCUUCGGACUCUGCAGGCUUACUCUCUCUUCCCACAAAACCUAAAGCAGGGUAUCCUCAAAGACUAAUUACUUGGUUGAGGAUUCAUUUUAAAUUAAUUUUAGGGGAAAAAAAGGUCCAAGUGUUCUGGAAUGCCAUACUGGCUUAAAGGUGGGAAAAAACCAAGUCUAAAACCCCAAACUGUGGUUCUGAGACUUGACAGGUCCCCUUCUGGAGUGUACAUGAGUCUGUUCCCUACAGAAAGGCAGAUGGGGGAGGUUUUCUGUUCUAUAUCCAGUCAUGCUUGCUCUGCCCAUGCAAGCUAAGGGGAAACAGGCCUCCCUAGCCAAGCCAUGGCACCAGUGGGAGCUGGGGGAGCCUGCCCACAGUGCUGGGCUGGCUGAGCUCUGGGUUGCAUAAGGAAGGCUCCUGGGGUCCUGCAGAAUGGGCUCAGCCAUUCUGCUUUGGAGGUUUGGGUUUGGUUCCCCACGGAGGAAGUGGGGAAAGCAGAUCAACUUGUGAGGUGCCCUGUCAGGGUGCGACAGACCAGGUCUCCAGAGCCACCUCCUGUGUCAGAAAAAGAAGGCACUACUGGGACCCGCUUUCUCCAUGUGCAGGAGUGAGCGGUGGUCACUGGUUCAUGGUUCUAAUGUCCCUUUUACCCUAGCAGUGUGUGGUCUUGGACAAAUCACUUAGCAUCCUCAUAUCUCGAUUUGCCCAUCUGUAAAAUGGAAUUGCUGACACUUGCCUUUUCUUUUCCACAGUGACACUGGGGAGGGCCCCCCAAAGUAUAGUGUUGUAUAAACAACCAUCCCCAGGGCCCAGCUUGCCUUGUGGGAACUCCAAAUGCUUUCUGACUCCACCUUCUUGUGAAUGCUAGCCAAAGCUAGACGCCCUCUUGAAAACUCCCUCUUGAUGGAAGAGGCUUCCUCCUCAAGGGCCAGGUUGUCUGUGGUCAGGUCUCCUAAGCCAGGGCUGUGGGCCAUGGAGACCAUGGUUGGGCAUGGGUGGUAAUGGGAGGAGCUCAGGGGCUGGGGACUUGAGGAUGAAGAUAUCAUAAAUGCAUGUGCAUGAAGACGGACAGACAGAAGCAUACACACUCACACACACACACACACACACACACACACACACACACACACACAGCAUCAGCAUGAGUAACCACUUGGAAUGGGAGUGGACUUCUGUGCAGGGCACUGUGUUCUUGUUCAAAUAUAGCAUCACUUUCAAGGUUAACUCUGGUCAAGUGGUUUUGCCCCUCUGAGCCUUGCUGCCCAUGUGUGUGAGGUAGAGAAAUGUAGCCUGUUUAGAAAUCUAGCCAGGAAUAUUAGAGUAAUGCUGAUCUUGGGGUAGGUCUUGUUAAAAAGAGGACCUCCUGCCUAUGGUAGCCACUGUCAUUUUGUGCAGAGGUCACUAAGAGAAAAGAAUGAUGCCGUUGAACACCCCUCAAAUCCCCCAGCAGGGUUACUGUGUUCUAAUUCAGCCUUCGAGCCUCAUAUGGUGACUGAAGUAGCCCUGCUGGAAAAUCAACUCUCAUUUCCUCUUCAACACUUUGGAGACCCUGCAUUUGGGGCCUGCAGCAAACACAGGACAGGUAACCCUGUAAGGAAACGGGAAUGAUGUUCCUGACAGGGAACUGACAUUUCUGUCAUCCUUCUCAGCCCCUCCUGAGGCAGAAGCCAGCAGGUCCCAAGAUGCUGCUGUAUGGCUUUGCCUCCAGGCCAGAUAGGAAGCAGAAGCCAUCCUGUGGAUAACUGAGUAGGGGAGAGAGCGAGAGAGCGAGAGAGCGAGAGAGCGAGAGAGCGAGAGAGCGAG